GUCAUAACAUAGACCAACAUCAACCAUGCUAACCGGUCGUAAUCGGUGAACAGCACGAAAAAUCAGCUCAAUUAGCGACACUGACAUAGGUGACAUAGACAGUUUGCUUUUUAGGUUAGAGCCCGGUUAAGUACAAAAAUAAACAAAUAAUACAGAAACAAAUAAUUUUACCUUCUACUUCUGUUAAUUUUUUGAAAAAACUAUGGAGAUCGAUCUAGAAAUAUCCGAUGAAGAAUACGUUAUCGAAAAAGCCAAAAGUAUACUUAACGGAAAUCCUAUAGAGGCAAAGGCUUGGAUGCUAACUGCUAAGACACUGUACCCCAAUAAUUUUUCCGUGCAGUUUGAAGCUUACAUGAUCGAAAAGAAAGCUGGACAUGUUAAGGAAGCAGCAAAGUGUUUCAGUGAAUUAAUUUCAAAGUUUCAACAACAACCAGAACUGUGGAAAGAAGUAGAAAAAGUUACAGCAGCUCUGAGAGCUGAAUCAAAUUCCCAUGAUACUGAAAACCAGUUUCUCUGUGAGAUGUUCCGACAUAUAUCAUCAGAGGUGCAACAUAAAUUGCUACUAUUCACAGCAGAACAUUGUGAAGAUACAAUGGAACAUUGUAGACUACUGUUGUUACUUUUACAAAGAUUUCCAACAGCAAUAUCUAACAAUGGGCCAAGGCUAGUGGAAACAUUAAUAAGUGCAGAGAAACAUAGUGUAGAUGGUCACUAUCCUAUCAAUGCUUAUAGACGUUUACUAGUAUGUGAUUUGCUUCCUUUGUUAGCUAGUGAAGAUAUCAAGAUAGAACUGUCAUCAAAAAUGCUAUAUAAACUUCUACACAAAGCUAUAGAAUUCUAUUUGUAUUAUCUGGGAUUUGGCAGCAGUCCUGUGCAAGACAGUGACUUGAAGAUUGAAGAACCUUGGAUAAAGCUUUUUGGAGUACUUGAGUUCAUUGGAAAUCAACUGAAUUGGGAACCAUACUUGAUAAACUUUGGUAAAGAAUGGUCAAAGGAGGAGUAUUGGCAAAGGAUCAUGAAAUUUUAUCAAACAAAAUCAAAAGUCCCACUAGAUGAGAAACAGCUUCUUUUUUGUGUAUCUCUAUUCUUCUUAAAAUGUCUGCAUGAAUAUAUCCACAGCCUGACUCCAGAAUCAAGCCCAGGACAAACACCUUUAACAUACCUUAUGGUAGAAGCAUUCAAUGAUCCUUCUUUACCUGGGGCUGCAGAACCUAAGGGCAAAAAGCGCAGAAAUGAUGCUGAAAUUGUUUCAUCUUCCCUACCACAAAUUACUGUUGAAAAACCAGAUCUAAAAUCUAUACAAAGUAGCUUCUUAAUUUGUCUGAAUUGUUGGGACUUAUUGAACUCUUGUGAAAGCUUACAAAGAGAGUUCAUAAAACUCAAUGCCAACCUAAAGCUGGAUCCACUGUUGUCUGGAUUUGUUAUAGACUAUGCUCUGUAUAAAGGCUUAUAUGAUGAAGCGCUAAUGUUUCUUCAGAAAAUCACUGAUCCAGAUAUAUUAUUGCAAAAAUUCAUCAGGAUAUCGGGCAUUCUGUACGUGAAAAAAAAUUAUAGUUCGUGUUUUGAACCAAUACUGCUUGCAUUGCCACACCUGCCAGUUGCAAGUGUAGGUACAUUGAGCAGCAGUUUGAUAAUUGGAGGAACUCAAAAGCACCUGCACUAUCUACCAUUGACUAAGAAGGCAGUUUUACAAUAUUUGGUAAAGAUAUUGCUAAGGUGUAUAAGGGUAAGACCAGUAUUCUAAAAAUGUUUGUUUUCCAUUCACCAAUGAUUAUUUAAUGCAAGAAAUAAUUGGAAUAAUUUGGAUUUGUCACUAGAGUCAGAUCAGAUGUGACUGUUUUGUAAGAAAGUGGAGAUUUGAUUUCUAUCACACUCUGUGAAAGUUUUGUUUUCAGGAUAAUAUGCACAAGUCAGGUUCAUACAAUGAACUUGCUAUAGGCCACAUAUUUGUUUUGAUUCAGUUAGACUGGCCUCAAGAGGAAGAUAUGUUACCUCCACUUUUGGAACAGAUUCAUCAACAUAAGUCCUUCCAAUACCACUUCUUUCAGAGUUACAUUAUAAACGUGGAAAUUUUGGAAGAGCUAACAUAUCUGUGGACAAAUCAAGGAGGGCAAGUGCAACUCGACAUUCUGCCUCAUCUAGGGCACAGGAGGAUAGGAACCAGGGGUGCUGACAAAGGUGUAAAAGAAGAGAUUAGACAGGCUAUAAGGCGACAGAUUGCGAGGAGCAAUGAAAAUAUUGAUGACUUAAUUAUUACCUUUAUCACAAAUGAACGUACAGAAAUUAUACCAGCAUUAUUGUAAAUAAAAUAUUUUUUUGAAAAGCUCAAUUA